UAUCCGAACUCACAACUCAAGAGGCUAGCAUUCGAACACACUGAACUCAGAGCAAAGCCAAAAAUGGAAACAGAGGCAGGGGCAGGGGCGAAGGUGCCUCUCUGUUUCUUAUUGAUUUUUAUGCUUCUGCUCCUUUCGCGUGCGACGGCAGACCAUGAAGGCCCAAACACUCGCAGCACCUUACUUUUCAGUUCUUUGCAAGCAUCCAGCUAUUACUUCGACGUCUACACCCUCCCGAUUGCCGGCUCCGGCAUGGUCAACGCCCGGGACGAGCUCAAGAUCACCGACGGCCACUCCGUCAACUUCAACGGCCAUUUCCCCUCCGCGUCCUCGUUAACCGCACUGCUCUCCUCCCUACGCGAUCAAACCCUCGCCGCAACCCCGGCCCAGCCGCCUCUCCACCUGGUCUACGUCACCGAGCGGAAUGGGUCUUCGAGCAUAUACCUCGACGCUCUGUAUUCCGACGGGUCAGAUUACAGCCGAAGAAGGUCGAUGCUCUCGGUUCUGAAUCGGGUUCAAGUCCCUUUGGUGGGCAUUCAACAAUCGAACGGUCUGAUAGGCAUGAAGGAUAGACCCAGUUUGGCGGGCGAUUAUUUGGUUUAUGUUUCGACUCAUGAGAACCCAGGCGUGCUGAGGAGGAGUUGGGCUGCUGUGUACUCCACUCACCUUAGGACCGGGUCGACCCGGAGAUUGACUCCUUAUGGGCAGGCUGAUUUCAGCCCCGCCGUGUCGCCGUCGGGGACCUGGUCGGCGGUGGCUUCCUACGGGGAGAAAGAGUGGAACGGCGAAAUACACGAUCUUCAAACUGACAUCUAUAUGUUCAGAACUGAGGACGGGUCUGAGCGAGCCAAGGUGAUUGAGCACGGUGGGUGGCCGUGUUGGGCCGACGAGUGGACUCUGUACUUUCACAGACAGAGUGACGAUGGGUGGUGGAGCGUGUACAAAGCUAGUCUUCCCAAAGGCGGACGAGUCAGUGUAGGCUCUGUGGUGACUCAGCGAGUCACCCCGCCGGGUCUUCAUGCGUUCACUCCGGCAGCGUCGACGGCUAACAGCAGUUUCAUUGCUGUGGCGACAAGACGACCGGGUUCAGAAUUUCGCCACAUAGAGCUCUUCGAUAUCGUUUCUAAAAAGUUCAAGGAGGUCACCCGACCCAUUUCUCCAACAACCAAUCACUACAAUCCGUUCAUCUCUCCCGAUUCUACCCAGGUUGGGUACCAUAGAUGCAGAGCCCGAGAAAAUGGCGGAAAAGGAGAUCAUUUGUUGUUAGAAAGCUUGCACAGUCCACUGCCCGGAGUCGACAUAUUUCGCAUCGAUGGAUACUUCGCCUCUUUCUCGCCUGACGGCGAUCGUAUCACUUACGCUAUGUGGCCGUACAACACGGGUCUAUACGUGGUGAACCGUGAUGGGUCGGGCCUCCGGAAACUCUUGGGCGGACAGUUCAAUGCCAAAUUGGCCUUCGGAACCGUCUGGGACCCGAUAAGAAAGGGGGUUUUGUACACCAGCACUGGAAUUGCUUUCGGUUCAGAGAGCGAGAAAGUCGACGUGAUCUCCAUCGACGUUGACGAUGAAGAAUCGGACUUCAGAAAGUUGACCAUGGGCGGAGAAAACAACGCGUUUCCGGCACCGUCACCGGAUGGGAAAUGGAUCGUUUUCCGAUCGGGUAGGUCAGGUCACAAGAACCUGUAUAUAAUGGACGCUUCCAACGGAGAGAAAGGCGGACUGUAUAGACUCACUGAAGGUCCAUGGUCUGACACAAUGCCGAACUGGUCCCCAGACGGUGACUGGAUCGUCUUCUCGUCGAACCGGGAGAGUCCUGGCACCCGUAGCUUUGAUCUAUACGUGAUCCACCCAAACGGGACCGGGCUGAGGAAGCUGUUCGGGUCGGGUGGUCCGGCGAACCACGCGUGGUUCAGCCCGGACAGUCAAUCUGUCGUGUUCGCCUCCGACCACGCCGGGCUCUCUGCCGAACCGAUCUCCUACCCACAUAAUUUCCUGCCAUCCGGGGAGAUAUUCUCGAUCAGAUUAGACGGCACCGGGAUUAUGAGAUUGACGCAUAACUCGAACGAGGACGGGACACCAUCUUGGAGUGGCAUACAGUUGAGGCCCGUCGAUGUGAAACACCCGAUUGAUGCAGAUUGCUCGUUUGACGAUUGCCAAUGGCUCAGCAGUGAAGCUCUCAACCAUGGCGGUGCCCGAUGUGCUUAGCCAUUUGGAAAGGAUUUUCUGUGUCUUCGUGUUGCGAUGUGUAAUUUUACUGGUAAAUAAGUUGAAGGGAUGUAUUUUGGAGGCCGUUUGGUUUACCUUUUCUUUAUUAAGCUUUUAAGUAU